AUGAAUCUCACCCCCACCGUCGUCGUCGUCGCCGCCACAGCGCCAUCCCUCCACUCCCCCCGCGCCGCUACGUACGUGCGGGGCAAUCUGGUUUUGCAACUGACGAUGACAAAUAUCGUCGCGGCCCCCGCGCCGGCUUCCCGCAAGCGGGCCAACGAUGAGGAGUGGGGUGCCUCCCUCUUUGUCGAGUUGCCUCCCGCGGCCUGGUUUUCAGGUCAUUCGGAGGCGACACCCGCCGUGGUGCUCGUCCUCCCACCCUGGACAGGUUCGCAGCCCCUGUCGGGUCGCGAGCGGGCCUGGAUCCGCGAGCCCAUUGUGCGAUCUGUGCCGUACAUUGGGUGGUCGGACCCCAGGCAGCUGGCUGUCCGGGCCCAACUCCGCGAGGGCAUCCUCGUGACUCGAGCUGGCCGGCAGCCGCCGCCAAAUACAUCCAGUGGAGAGUAUUUCACCAAACGAAGACACCGUCACGUCUAG